AAAAUACACACAAGACUUCUCUCAACUGUCAUCAGAUUUUCUCUCACUUUCCCCCUCUCCAAACACCCAAUAUUAAUUCAGAACCCCAAAUUAAUUACUACCCCCAUAUAUGUCAUCAAGAGAUGAUCAUCUUCACCUCACACAAAGUCCAUCAAAACAUCGCGAGGGAGGAGGAGAAGGAGUAGUUGAGCCAUCAGACGGCUGCCACGAUGAAGAGUGCAAAACUCCAACUUCCAGUGAUUACAAGAUCCCAACCGUUAGAAGCUGCCCCCCGACGCCGAAGAAGAAAGUGAUCAGACUGAAUAAUAUGAAGAAGAGAAAACCAUCGGAGAUGAUGUUCUUCGAGACUACGGGAAGAGAAGAGGUAGAGUCUUUUUUCAGAUCAAACCUUGUUGAAGAUAUUUCCAGGAACAUUAAGAAAAGAUGUAAGAGUGUUUGAAAACUCUCUUCCCCCUUACACUAUUAAUUAUUUACUCUUCAUGUGUUAUAUUUAUAUGUAUAUGAUGCGCUCCUACGCAGAUAACUAUAUAUAUCUUCGAAUGUUCCAUUCCCUUUAUAAUUGAAUAAUACUACUUGUUCUAU